AUGAAGACACCUGGUGCUUCACAAUUUAAAAAUACUCAACCAUACAGAAUCGGCAUGGUUCAAUAUCUGCCAAAACCAUUUCAAAAUAUAACAGCAGAUUCGUAUGAUAGUGAAGAUAUUGAAGAUGAUGAUCCUGGCCGUGAAGUUAUUGAGAAAAAUGCGCGUAGUCGUUUUCAACGCAUUGCUGAUGAUACCAAAGAUGAAUUACAAAAAGUUCUUAAACGAGUCGAUAAUACGCUAACAAAUUAUGAAUAUUCUGUACAAUCAUCGUUAGUUCAACACGGUAUGAAUCGUUCUGAUAUGACUAGUGUUGAACAUGUACAAGAUAUUCGUGAAUUAGAAGAAUUAUUAAAUGAUAGUCUAGCUAAACAACGGUUCUUUUAUGAACAAAAACAAAGUUUUAAUAGUGUUGAAUUUAAAAAUUAUGAUGAUCAAGGUGAAGCACUAGAUGAUAUUGAACCGGUUACAUUUGAUGUUAAAGAUUGUUUUAUACACGUCAAAACAUUGGGAACAAGAUUAAAUGAGCUAAAUGAAGAAAUUAUUCAGUUUUUAAUACAAAAUGUAGGAACAAAACAAACAAACAAUCAAGUACUCUAUCGUUUUUGUAGGGGUAAACGAAAACUCGAAAAAAUGUCAAAAGAAGCAAAAGAACAAUUACAAGAUUUACAAAAUAAAUUAGAAUCAGCAAAUUCAGAAAUGACAGCAAAAGAAACAAAGAUUCAACAACUUCUCGAGACAAUUGAAACAGUAAAAACGGAAAGCAAAACAAAAAUGGACAAUCAAAGACAAAUACAAAAAGACGAAGUUCAACGAAAAGAAGUUGAAAUAGCUUAUUACAAAAAACGUGUAAAAGAAUUUGAAGAUCAAAUUAAGAAACAAAUGGGUACUGACGAAUCACAGUCAGAUGGUGAACGACAUGAACUUGAAGAAAAUUCCUUGACAAAAAUAAAUCUAGAAACAAUAGGCGAAAGCGAUAACAAACAUGAUGAUGAAACAGAAUCUACUAGAAUAAUGGAUAUCAAAGAAAAAGGAUCUGAUAGAGGUUCUACGAAUAGUCCAACAGCACAAACAAAUGCUAAUAGAGUUCCUGAACAAAUUAAAAUAGUAACAGCCUCACAAGUACCAGCAGCUGCUCCCCCGGCAGUUGUUGUUCCAGAACCGAUUAAAAAAGAAAAAUCAAAGCGAACUCCUUAUCGUUCAAAGAAAGAAGAUCGUACUAAUCAAGGAGCUGAAGAUCCAAGUGAAGUUUAUCGUCGCGGACAAGAAAUAUUAGAAUCAUUAUUAGCUGAUAAAGAAGGUGCACCGGAUUUAAAUAAAUUGUUAAAUGUUAAACAUGGUACAGAUCUUAAUCAUGUAUCAAUUGAUAGCUUACCUACAGCAUUUACAAACUUACGAAAAUAUGCUAUUGCUCGUGUAACCGAAUUGAUAAAAGAAUUGGAAACAAAAGAAAAUUCAAACAAGGAAACAGUACAAAUACUAAAACAAGAAUUUGUUGAACAUAAAGUACAAUAUGACAAGGAGCGUUUACUCUUUUUUCUCAGUCUUAAUCCUGAUGAUAAUUGGCAAGAGGAACAAAAUGAGUUAAUGGAAAAAGCUGAUAUUGCUCAUAAAUUACAAAUAAAAGCACAAAAAACAGCUGAAGACGCUUUAAGACAAAUGGAAGGAUUUAUGGUUGAACAAGAGAAAUUGGAUCAACAAGACGUUGCUCGUCAAAUUGAUAUCAUUCGACGUCAUUCGAUCGCUCUUAACAGUGUGUCAAAAUCACCUGAACAUGCCACCGAUAUUGUCGAAGAAAUUGGUAAUGAUAGAUUAUCACCACAUCCAAAGCGUUCCAAAACACCACAAUGGCCAAAAUUGUCAGUGAGUGGUGGACAACAACAAGAAUUACAAACACAAGGACAGGAUAGUAAACGUUCAGUUUUUGAAACAGCACAAUUACUCACACGUUUGAACAGUACACAUAAUUCACCUCCAAAACAAUUAGGAAAUGAUUCUACUCCACCAUCUCCCGUUAUCACUAAAAGUUUUUUCCGUAAAAAAUCAUCCGAUCAACAAGAUCAAGGUUCACAACAACUCACUGUCAAUUCAUCGACGGUCGCAUCAAGACGUAUUAGUAUGGCUCUCAAUGAUGAAAAUAUUCCAUCAUCAAAAACAAUCACACCUCAAGGUGCUCAUGAACGUACUCCACCAUCACGAAAUAUCAGUCGAUCAAAUUCAUUUAAUCCAAAUAAUCGUACAUCAUCAUCAUCCGGUGAUCGAUCCUAUUUUGCAUCAGCUUCACAAAGUAGACGACCAUCAAUUUCAUUUCAUAAAUCACCAGUUAGAGCUGAAGAAUUAGAACGUUUAUUAACGAAGGUUGUCAAUGAUGAAAUUGAAGCAUUAGAAGAAUUUCGUCAAACAUCUGUAAAAAGUCGUACAUCGUUACGCGAAAAAUACAUGUCCUUACUUGAAGAGAAAAAAGCCGAAUUAGAUGAUUUAAAACAACAAGCCGAUAAUACCCUAUCUCGUCCAGCAACAACAUCAACACGUGAACGAAAACCACUUGAAUCAUUAGAAAAUAGUUUAGGAAAUGAAACAUUGAAGCAUGAACAAAAGCAACAAUCGUCACCGUUAGAGCAGAGUAUUGGGAAAGAAAAUGAAAUAGUCAAAUCCGAAGAACAACAGCAAUCAGAACCACAACCUUUAGAAACUGUUAUAGGAAAAGAAAACGUUCAAGUGAAAAACGAGCAACCACCUCCAAUCUUAAAACGUGAACAACAACAGCAAACAUCAAGGCCAUCUACAGCUAAAUCGCAGAAAGAUCUACCCGUUCGAGUUGACAUGGUGAAAAUUGAUACAUUCAAAUAUCCAUUUUUUCAAGUCUAUGAGAAUAUUUAUAAAUUUCGAACUAGUGUUACAAAAUUAUUAGAAGAGAAUAAGUUCAGUUCACUAUCCGAUCGAUUAUCAUUCGUAAAAAAAUUAUCAUUCGAUGAUUCUAAUGGUUCAAAUAUGAACGAUAUUACAGAUAAUGCUGAUCAAGUACUAAAAGAUACCGUGAAAGUUAUUCAAUUAUGUUUGAAUACUUUAAAACAAUCAUCAACACCAUCAACACCAUCUAGAAAAGAAAAUGAAACAGAUAAAUUAUUUAUAUCAGCGAAUAGUCAACAACAACAAUCAUCGUCGUCUUCCAUGGAAAAACAAGAUAGUGAAAAAGAUAAAAUUAUUCAAGAAUUAAAAGCCAAAUAUGAUGCAAUUAAUGAUUCAUUAUAUGAAACAGAUAAGAAACAUGAAGAUGAACUAAAACAAAAUGAACGAGUAAUGCUUGAUUUACAGAAGAUGGUACAAACACUGCAGAAAGAAGUGGCAAGAUUGCAACGACGAAUAUCCCGAACAGAUGUUGAAGGAUUAGUUGAACCAUCGGUGUUGUUCACACGACUUGAUGCCGAAAGAAAUAAUCAUACAUUAAAAAAUGCUGUUAACAAAGGAAAAGUACCGGAAAUAAUAUAUAAUGAACUGAAUGAUAGUAUGUCGGAUUAUGUUAGUCUUCCAACUCAACAAUUUGGAAAUUUAGUUAAAAAGUAUAUUCAACAACGAAAAGUCAGUGAAUUAGAAAAUCGUAUUCGAAAUGAACCGUUAGAUAAUGAGACGAAAAAUGUUAUAGAAAGAAUGGAAUCGUUUCAUGAACGACGUAGUGGUCAAAUAAGUGAAAAAAUAUCGAAUAUUCGACAACAUCGUGUUGAUUUAGCAAAAAAAAUGACGGAGAAGUUUGAUCAUUUAGAAAAAGAAAAUACUAUAUUUUUAAUUCGACCCAUCUAUUCGUAUCAAGGUAGAGCAGCUGCACAAACAUUUAUGAAACGGGAAAAACAUCAUCGUGAAAUGAUUAGUAAAAAAAGUAAUAAAAUGAAUGAUCGACUUGAUCCAUCUGAACUUACGGAAACAAUACAGUCUGACGAGGAAAGUCAUCGUAAAACAACGACGAGGGUUCAAACAUUCAAUUCAUCCGAAGACGAUGAUGAAAGACUAUGGCAUAUGGAUAAAAGUUUUGGACAAACUCCAGCAAGUCAAACAUCAACGGAUCAAGAUAAAACAUACUCAAAUUUAACUGAGAUACCAAAAUUAGUUGAAUUAGAUGUAAACAAAAUGAUGAUGCCACAUUCUCUCGUAUCAACGUCAUUAAAUCAACCAGCAACAGCUGAUUUAACAGUUCCAUCGCUUAAUCUACGCUCAUACAUGAACUUAUCAAGACCUGUGAACGGACGUAUAAAUACAAAUCAGGAACCACGUGAAAGCGCCGCCUCCGUUGCAUCAGCAUUAAGUCGCACCACUAAUCCUCGUACACCGUUCAAUUCAACCGUUGGUACAACCAAUAUGAUCGAUAUUCGUCGAAGUAGUCCUCCUCUACCACCGAUCGGUGGAAUAAAAGCAUAUACGAACUCAAGUGCUUCUACAAAUAAACUCGAAGAAAAUCAAGAUGAAUUUCUACCAAGUGUAAGCAACGUUACAGAUGAUUAUAAAUUAAACAAAUGA